AUGGCGGAAUCUACUGCCACAGCGAGCUUUACCACAGGUCCCCCCGCAGGUCCUCCUCUUGGCCCUGCAUCGGAACCUUUGAUUGUGUUCGUUGCUCGUGGCGCUCCACCUCGCAUGUACGAUGACCUCGACCAGCUAAAGUACUAUCUUCGUCCCGCCCUGCUAGAGCUCCAAGAACAUUUUGAGCGCAAGUAUGGAAAGCUAGAGAAUCGACCCUACUGCUACUGCCCAUUGAUUCAUAAAUCCACAACCCCCUUGGAUCCCGAUUGCGACUCGAUGAAGUCCAUGACCGACAUACUCUUGUAUGGCCGAACUUAUGCCCGCGACAUCAUCUUUGUGUUGGCCCAUUGGGACUCCAUUACUAGUGACACGUUGAGCUUUGCCAAAAUCUUCAAAGAAUUUACAGAUGUCAAGGUGACUAUUCGUGUAUUUGGCACGCUUUCAGCUGACCACAAUCGCGAAUUCCAUGGAUUCGACGCCCACAGAGUUGGCGCUCACUAUCAGGGCUUAAUCAGGCCGGAAGAGGACUUUGUUAUUGACGAUGCACUGCGUUUUGUGGUGAGACUCGAAGAAACCCGCACAGUCAGGAUUGGAGUGGAGGAGUCGGUCGGCCUGAUGGUGCGAUUGACAGGCCGCUCCGAGGCAGAGAUGUAUGACAGAGUACUGUGGAUACUCUGA